GGGUAUUAUUGUUGAGUCAGACUUCACCUUAAUAUACCCGACACUUCCAAAAGAAGAAUGACGGCCGGUUAAAGCAACAGAUGAGAUGGAUCCGCAGAGUUUGUCAACUACUAAAUCUGCCCUUUAGACCGUUAUCGACCAUUUUAAGUGUUAUGUGCAUGUGUUUUGAUAUGAUCGACACGCACUCUCACCGUUAUAUCCGUUAAACUGACAGCCGUUGCGCUUUAGGAAGGAAGCAGGAGAGGAAAAGGGACUGACUGCGCACUAAAAACACACACUCAUCGGGAAGUUUACUUAAAAGGGCAAGAUUGUUUUGCAACGUACUUCAUAGCCACAUAAACGCUCGUAUUUUAAACAUAAUCUAUUAUAUUUAUUGAUAUUAAUCAGAGAUAACGUUAUAUUAGACUAUGUAAAGUCCUGAUUGGUUUAUUAUUAAGGUUUGUUUUCCGUGCAAAGGAUUGUUUUUCUUGUGUUUUGCUGAUCGAUAAUAAUCGAUCACAUACCCCCGAAGUGAUCGAUCAUGGCCACAGAUGCAAUAGCGACUGAAGAAGUCUCAAACCAGAGAGACUCGAGUGAUAUGAACGCUAACAAAAGUAAUCCCGAAUCAGACACACCCAACUGGACAUCUGAGACGCAAGAAAACAGAAAUAUAAGUAGCCCAACAUCAUUAUCAUCAUCAUCAUCGGUUUAUUCUGGGGAAGAACUACCUGAGGACUCCAUAACAGGGAAUUCACUGGCGAAUGGAAACAGUGGGAUACGAGCAGGAGAUCCACCGCAGGAAGCAGCGAGUCCAGACAAUAGACAAAAACAAGGCGUGAGGACUUCAACUCCUGUGCACACACUCUCUUCACCAGCUGAACACAAUGGAAGUUUUGAGCACCAGGAGUCAGUGGCGACCACAGAGGCUCGGCUGAGAAUGGAAGGGGUUGAGCUAAAGGAGGAGUGGCAAGAUGAGGAUUUCCCCAGGCCACUCCCAGAGGAGGAAGAUAUUCAGCUUGAUGAGGAGCUUUUCACUGGGUCUUCUGGUGAAGGAGCACCUGCUCCACAGUCUUACGGACUAAACAGUGCAAAGAAAUCUAAAAAGAAACUUUUGGCUCCGGACAUCAGCCUAAACCUAGACCACAGUGAAGGCUCGGUCCUGUCUGAUGAGCUGGAUGAGAGUACAGAACUGGACCUGGAUGAUAUAGACACUCCUUCAGACAACAGCAACGAGUUUGAGUGGGAAGAUGAUCUCCCAAAACCCAAAAACACAGACCUGCUGCGUAAAGGAGUGGAGUCGGUGCAGGAGUACACCAACACAGAGGAACGGGAGGAGGGACGUCGCUGGAGAGUUUUCCGCUUUGGAGAGCAGGAGCACAGAGUGGACAUGAAGGCCAUUGAGCCCUACAAGAGGGUUAUCAGCCAUGGAGGUUACUAUGGUGAUGGAUUGAAUGCCAUCAUCGUGUUUGCUGUUUGCUUUAUGCCUGAGAGCAAUCAACCAAACUACAGAUACAUCAUGGACAAUCUUUUCAAGUAUGUCAUAGGAACUCUAGAACUGCUUGUAGCUGAGAACUAUAUGAUUGUAUACCUGAACGGAGCCACCUCGCGCCGAAAGAUGCCCAGUGUGGGCUGGCUCAGGAAGUGCUAUCAGCAAAUAGAUCGAAGGUUAAGGAAGAAUUUGAAGUCUUUGAUAAUCGUGCACCCGUCCUGGUUUAUUCGCACCCUCUUGGCCCUCACGAAACCUUUUAUAAGCUCAAAAUUUAGCCAGAAAAUCAAGUAUGUGUUCAGCCUGACAGACCUGGCUGAGCUUGUCCCGAUGGAGUAUGUUUCCAUCCCAGACUGUAUUAAAGAGUUUGACGAAGAAAAAAAUAGGAAAAAACGUAAAAGUAUUGACAAGGACAUGCAUGGAAAAGUGGAGAUAGCAACUGCUGCAGUGACCGAGUGAGUUAGAAGAAGAGUUGAAGAAGCUGGA